CGCAUCCACUCCCGGCCUCCCUCGCACGCAUCCACUCCCGCCUGUGCGUCCGCCCGCCACCUGCAUCUCCGCCCGCGCGGCGAGCUCCGGCGACCGGCGACUCUACUCCUCCGACCUCGUCAAGCUGCACCAGCGGGACCGUCGCCGACAUCCUCCUCGACCCCACCCUCAAGCAGCAGCACCGGAUUCCCCAUCCCCGACCUCCUCGUCGACCCUGCCCUCAAGCAGCAGCGGCCGGCCGGUGUCUCCCGUCCCAGACCUCGUGCUGAAGCAGGCGUCCUCCUGUAGAAAUAACCCUGCACCGUCGCCCUCCUACAGAAGCAACACCGCACCGGCGUCCUCCUCCAGUAGCUCAAGGCUUGUCAUCUGAUGGAUGACAAGAGUAGUGUGAAGAAGGAAGUAGGAUCCCUUGCACCCCUUCCUCGCAAGGGAGGACUUAAAUUUGCACCCAAGAAGCCUCCAAAGAAACCUGCAAAAGUUGUUCCAAAGACGGAGCCUGUUGAAGAGAGCAAGGAUGAAAUCAUUGAUAAGGAAUUGUUAAUGAAACUCAAGACAUCGCAAGUGCGUAUAUUAGUCUAUUGGUCAAGACCGAAGAUCGAGAAAAAGGCAGAAAACCAUACAGAGGUCGCAUUUGGGCAAGGGAGUUCUUCGUAUGCAAGAUCUUUUCCUAUGCGACAUAAUUCAGCAGGUAUCGUUAAAGAUAUUUAUCUUGGUUUGCCAAAAGAACCAAAAGAAUAUGUUGAUCCAUGGGAUUAUACCCAUAGUGAUUAUCCUAUUACUCUCCCGCUUAGGAGGCCCUACUCUGGAGAUCCUGAAAUUCUUGAUGAAGAGGAGUUUGGGGAGUCUUCUGCCAGCAGAGCUCAGGAUGGAGAAUUAACUGCAGCAGAAGAACUUGGAUUAAUGGAUCGGUCCGACAUACCACAGUUGCUCUUCUUCCAGUUACCUUCAUCUCUUCCUUUACCAAAGCAGACACAAUCUGUUGAAGAGCCAAAUACAGGGUUUGAGAAGAAUGCUGAACUUGCAAAUGUGACACGCGAGCAAAGAAGGCCAUCAUCAUUCGCUGGCUCUAAAAUCAAAGAUUUGCCAGGAGGUCACGUGGGGAAAAUACUCAUAUAUAAAAGCGGUAAAGUGAAGAUGAAGAUUGGAGAUGCUCUGUUUGAUGUAUCUCCGGGCUCAAACUGCAUGUUCAUCCAGGAGGUUGCAGCGAUUAACACUAGAGAAAAACACUGCUGCACCCUGGGGGAGAUUAGUAAGCGUGCGGUUGUAGCCCCAGAUGUGGACUAUCUGCUGUAUUCUACUAAUAAGAUGGAAGAAUGA